AUGGACAUGCCCGCAGCUUCUCAACGCGACGCGGAGCCGCAGCUUGCGGUCGACGAAAACCAUGAUACGGACGAUAGGUCUGAAGUCAUAAGCAGCAUUGCCUCAUCGUCCACUAGUUUGAGAAGCUCUCUGAAGGACUACCGUGAAGAGAACGGGCGGACAUAUCACACUUACAAAGACGGAAAAUAUAAUCUGCCGAAUGACGAGCGAGAGAAGGACAGAUUGGACUUUCAGCACCAAAUGUGGCUUCUCGCGCUUAAGGAUAGACUUGGUGUGGCACCUCCCUGCAAGGAAAACACUAGAGUCGGGAGAGUUCUUGACGUAGGCACUGGCACCGGCAUCUGGGCUCUCAACUUUGGCGAUGAGCACCCUGAAGCAGAGGUUUAUGGCGUUGAUCUGUCUCCAACUCAGCCAGACCUCGUGUCUCCAAACGUCAUCUUCGAAAUCGACGAUGUUGAAGAGACUUGGACGUGGAAGCAACCAUUCGAUUACAUUCAUAGCAGGAUCAUGACAUCGAGCAUUGGAAAUUGGCCCUUGUACCUACGCCAGUGCUACGACAAUCUCAAGCCAGGGGGCUACAUCGAGUUGCAGGAGAUCGACAUCGUCCCACGAUCUGACGACGGAACAAUCACCGCCGAUACUCCUCUCAUGAAGAUGUGCACUCUCCUCGUAGAGGCGUCGGAGAAAUUCGGUCGUCCCUUCAUGGAGAUUCCGACGCUCCAGGGCCUCUUAUCAGACGCUGGGUUCGUCGACAUCAGCAUGAUAGUCCAUAAGUGGCCCAGUAACACCUGGCCCAAAGAUCCUAGAUUCAAGCAUCUUGGUCUUUGGCAGAACGAAAACAUGCAGUCUGGGCUUGAAGCAUUCUCCAUGGCACCCUUGACGCGUGGCCACGGAUGGACUCGUGCAGAGGUUGAGGUGUUCCUCAUCCAAGUGCGCAAGGAUCUUAACAACAAAGCCAUACAUGCGUAUUGGCCAUCGUGA